AUGCGUUUAGCGGUCAUAAUAGCCACCAUCUACGCGACGACAGCGAUGCUACCGUCGCAGCGGAAUGAGUUUUCAUCGAAGUCGAUGCACCACCAUAAGGGAAUUAUCAACAAAUGCUGCAUAAUACAUGACAAAUGCUACGAUGCUCAAAGGGGACAGGAACUGUGUGAUAAGACAUUCUGCAGCUGCCUUGAUGUUGUCACUAGAGGGUCGGAGACAUGCCAUCAAGAUGUCAGUCCACUUGCCUGCGAAAUGGUUCGACAAUUCGGUCAAGAGGCGUAUCGUCAAUCAGGAAAUAAGACCCUGUCUAAAAGCACACUAAUUGAAGAACCACAGGUGAUUAGCAUGUAUUCGCUGAUCGAUGAAAGUGAUGUUUGA